AUGACGGGCUCAGACAGCGCACCUCCUGGGCUAUCUCUGCCUCGUGUCGAGAAGGCGGUCAAAAGCGCCUCCAAAAGCGUCGGCCGUUAUGGAGGUGUGGUGCUUCAAGCUGCAGCCGCCUGGAACCAAUCGCUGCUUUUUGCAGCUGCGGCUGGUGCCCUUGAUGCUGGCGUCGAGACAAUCUCAAUGACAGACUCUUUCGAGGUGGCUUCGGUCACAAAGAUGGUAACCGCCACUGCUGUCCUGCAGCUGGCAGAUGAAGGUUUGCUGCAGCUGGAUCAAACCAUGGAUGAGGUAGCUCACGGCCGCGUGGCCAAGCUUGUUCAGGAGCGGGUGCCAAAGUGGUCACUGGACAGAUUUGGUGGUGUUACCAUGACCCAGCUGCUUCAACACACCAGCGGUCUGCCAAACUACUGGGAGGGUCCCUUUGUCAAUACUUUUGAAGCCGAGCCCGACAAAGAGUGGUCUACCUGGGAGCUACUCAGCUAUGCCGCAGACAUGAAGGAUUCAUGUCCUGUGGCUGACAGGGGUUUACCUCGUUCGUUUGCAUAUGCUGACACAAACUAUUUGCUGUUGGGCCUCGUGCUUGAGACGCUUACAGAAAGCUCUCUGCCAGCUUUGUUUCGAACCAGAGUGUUCGAUCCUGCAGGCAUGUCCAGGGAGGGUACUUAUUGCAGCUUUUUGGAGCACAGGCCUUCUGGCGCACCUCCCCUCGCAAAGCGCUAUGUGGGCCCCACUCAGAUCACUGGAAAAGUGCAGCAUUCUGCGGAUUCCUUUGCUGCUGGAGGCGUCGUCUCUACAACAGCCGACCUCCAGAAAUUCAUGUCAGCCCUGGCCAACGGUGAUCUCUUCCCCAUAGGGGGGAAGGCUACACUCAAACGAAUGAUGUCAUGGAUUCCCGCAAAGCGUGGACCUGGUUUCUGGUACGGUCUUGGCCUGAUGCGCAUUGACCUCGACGAUCAAGUUGGUCUUUUCAGGCGCUGGUUUUCGAAGAGAAAGCCGCGUGGCUUCCUCUGGGGGCACGAAGGCUUCGGCGGGGCCUUUGCUUGGUGCUGGGUCCCGGGGGAUAACCACCCAGAGGUCAUCAUCACGGGUUCCACAAACAAUGAGGCCAGGAGCUACGGCACACUCAUUGAGCAACUUGUAGAUGAUUUGGAGCCACACCUUGCACCCUGA